AUGGAGAAUCGAGAAAACAAACCACUGCGCUUUACUAACAUAAACCAGGUGUUCAGUUCACAUUUGGCGCAUCAUUUGCAAAAAGCGAAAAUUGAUAUAAGCGAAGGAAGAAGGCCCCGAACGUUUCUUCGAUUGAACCAUCACUUUGCCUAUUUGUCACAUUCCGGAAAUGCAACAAAUAAAUGA